AUCUGUGCUGAAGCCAAGCUCGUAUUUGUGAUUUGCUUCCUCAACGACAAUUGGAGGUGGAUAGCCGGUGAAGAGAGAAGAAACCAAAGAUGGCGCUUAAGUUUCUGAACAAGAAGGGAUGGCAUACGGGGAGUCUAAGGAACAUCGAGAACGUCUGGAAGGCGGAGCAAAAGCAUGAUGCCGAGCAAAAGAAGCUGGAGGAGCUUCGAAAGCAGAUUCAAGAGGAGAGGGAGCGUACGGAGUUUCGUCUUCUUCAAGAGAAGGCUGGCUUGGUCCCCAAGCAGGAGAGGUUGGAGUUUCUAUACGAUUCGGGUUUAUCUGUAGGGAGGACUGGGAAUUCUGAAGGAUUUAAGGCCCUCGAAGCUUUUCCAAAGCCCGAUGCCACGGAUGCACCUUCUUCCUCAGCUUCUGCAUCUAAGCAGCAGCAAACUAAUCCUGGAGCUUUAUUUGAGGACAAGCCCCACUCAGCCAAUGAUGCUUGGAGAAAGCUUCAUUCUGAUCCAUUGCUCAUGAUUCGCCAGCGUGAGCAGGAAGCACUUGCAAGAAUAAAAAACAACCCCAUCAAGAUGGCCAUGAUUAAAAAAUCAGUUAAAGGAACAGAAGCUGAAGAGAAAUCUCGUGAUAAGAAGGAACGGAAGAAGCAUCGUCAUAGCAGUUCAAAGCAUCACAAGCAUUCAUCAUCAAGACACGAGUCUGAUCCAGAAGAUGACACUGCUGAAAGGAGAAAGGGAAAGAUGAGUCGUGGUUAUAAGCAGCAUCACAAAGCCCAAUCAGAUUCAGAGUAUGAUUCUAGUGAAGGGGAGGGAAGAAGAAAGAGGAAACACACUGAAGACAGAAAAUACAAAGAGAAGUCACCCAGUCAAGGUCCAAGGCAAAGUACAAAAGACUAUAAUAAAAAACCUGAUGACCAAUAUCAUAGCAAGUCCAAGUCAGAAAGGCAUGCUUCAGAUGGUCAGUCAAAUGGUGACACCUUUAAAAGGGGCAGGGACGGUGAAAGGGAAAAUAGGAGCUUUCUUGAUUCUAGCACUAAUAGAUCUUCACAGUAUAAGCGUAGAAAUGCUGCACCUAAACUUUCAGAAGAAGAGCGAGCUGCUAAACUGAAGCAGAUGCAAUUGGCCGCUGAGUUGCAUGAAGAGCAGAGAUGGAAACGCUUGAAGAAUGCGGAGGAGAAUGAUGCAAAAGAAGUCAUCCAAAAUAGUACAUCUGGUGGUAGGAAUUUCCUGGAUGCAACACAGAAGAGUGUUUAUGGUGCUGCUGAAGGUGGGAGCUCAUCAAUAGCCGAGAGCGUCCGUCGCCGGACAUAUUAUUCUCAAGGGAGAUCUGAAGCAGGUGAUGGCAAUGCAUUUAGGCGCUGAUAUGCUUGAAUUCUUUUUGGUGCGCAAGGAAGCCAGAUGUUGAAUCUAAAACAAUUCUGAAUGUUUUUAUUGCCAAUCGUAGCUAUCUAAGCAGUCUUCUAGGCUCGUUCUUGUUAUUCUCUGCCUGUAUCAAUCUGUAAUCCUGUUCGAUGUGAUUUUAUUAUCUUAUUUCUUAGAUAUCCAUGUUUCAGUACGAUAUAGGUUUAUCGUUGUUAAAGAUUUUGAGAUUUUUUUUUCCUUGUUGUAUAAAGUAAUAAAAUUCAUCUGGAAAAUAUUUGGAAGAUA